AUGUCAGCUUAAAAAAAGCAUUUAUUAUCAAAGCUUAGAGGACAAUCUAUUCUGGUUAUUGACACCUAAAAAGAUACCUAUUCACAUUUAAGUGAAUUGUUUGAACCCUCUGUGAAGGUUUUGUUUUCUGACGAUUAGAAUGAUUCUAUAUCCAUAAUAUAAGACAAAAAGCCAAAUUUAGUUUUCAUAAAUUGUGACUCCUCAAUAGGCGCACACACUCGUUUUGAUGGCUACGAGAUAAGCCAAGCUAUAAAAUAGCUUGAGGCUUUUUCUCUCAUACCUUCUAUUCCAGUAAUUCUUUAUGCUAAGGUUAAUUCUAUUCUUAACAAAGAGAAAUUUAGGAUGAGUUCUGCAGAUUCUCUAAUUAUAUCUCCAUUUAAUGAACAAAUAAUCAUAGAAAAUUUAUCUCAAUUACCUAUGUAUAAAUUCUUGAUAGAGCAAUGA